CCUUAUCAAACUUUAUAAUAAAACCUCUCAUCGCCAACCCCAGUACACACUACUAGGGUUUUUAUCUUCAAGCUUCCAUCCAUCAUCACCUACUCUGAACAAUCCACCACCCCAUCUUCUUCUUAUCUCCGGAGUCCCACGCCAACCCUCAAUUCUUACAAGAGAGAAAUGGCGAGCGGUCAGCUCACUGCACCCGCGUUCUCUGCUAGGCUGGUCCCUUCCUUUGAAGGGCUGAGGCCGUCCGCGGCGAAGUUUGCUUCCGUGGGUCCUUUCAAAGCUGGGUCCUUGGCGCAGAGGUCCUUCAGGGGGCUCGUCGUGAGAGCUGCCACCGUGGUUGCUCCUAAGUACACUUCUCUUAAGCCCCUGGGUGACAGAGUGCUGAUCAAGAUCAAGACUGCUGAGGAGAAGACACAGGGUGGUAUACUGCUUCCAACAACAGCUCAAACAAAGCCUCAAGGAGGAGAAGUGGUCGCGGUUGGUGAGGGUAGGACAAUUGGAAAGUCACAAAUUGAAAUCAGUGUGAAGACUGGCAGCCAGGUUGUCUAUUCCAAGUACGCAGGGACCGAGUUGGAAUUCAGUGGUUCGAAUCAUCUUAUUUUGAAGGAGGAUGACAUUCUCGGUAUCUUAGAGACUGAUGAUGUAAAGGACCUGAAGCCCCUGAAUGAGAGAAUCCUAAUUAAGGUUGCCGAGGCUGAGGUAAAGACUGCCGGAGGCCUUCUACUGACUGAAGCUAGCAAGGAAAAACCUUCUAUUGGAACGGCGAUUGCUGUCGGACCUGGUCCUCUUGAUGACGAAGGGAACAGGAAACCGCUCUCAGUCUCUGCAGGAAACACAGUGAUGUACUCCAAGUACGCAGGCAAUGACUUCAAGGGUAGUGAUGGUUCGGAUUACAUUGUCUUGAGGGCUUCUGAUGUAAUGGCAGUGCUCUCCUAGUAAUUUUCUGUUCAGGUCUAGUUUCUAAUUGUGCCAUAAAUGUAACUGAGAACUUUUGCGGCGAAACGGGUUCAGGUUUCAAUUUUGAUUUCAACGAAAGUGAAAUAUAAUUUUGAAGAUGGUUUUGCAGCAUUGCAAUUA